AAGCCGUGCCGAGAACGAAAAGACGGAAACGGUGAACAAAUAAAACAGGCGGAAUUCGCCGAUAAUUAUUUUGACCAUUUCGCGCCAUUCACGCCUAAUGUCGUUCCCAGAUCUCUUCUUUAGCACAAGAGCAUAGCGUGUUUCAAACCAAGAUGGCGGAUUGGAACGUGUGAUUCGCCUUGUUCUUCGAAGGCUUUUUCUCCCACGAUUUGCGUAUUUAUGCCAUUUUCCCCAAAUCUCCAAGCCAACAAGCGUAUCUUAGACCAGUUUUAAGAAACUGUUGGCUGUAUCACCCUUGAACAUUCAAGAUGGCAAAAACCUUGGAUAUUGAGAUUUUUAAGGUAAUAAAUGCUGGGAAUUUUUGGGCUCAUCCCAUUGCCAGCCCUGGCAGUGAAUUCCAAGACUUCAUGGGAAAGCUGAAUGAUCAUUUUAGAAAAAGCACAUCACAAGCUGUUCCUCAACUAGUGAAGGGUCAGAUGUGUGUUGUAAGGAGAACGUCUGACAGUUGCUGGUACAGGGCAAGAGUGCAAAGUGUGCUACAGACAUUAAGUGGACCACAGGCUAGUGUGUUCCUUGUGGAUUUAGCUGAAAGUACCCUGGUUCCAUGCUGCUGGAUCAGGGAAGUGCCAGCAAUGUUCCAAAACAUUCCUGUUCAAGCCAUGGAGUGUUACUUGACUGGGCUUAAACCCCUUAGCCUUGUCACAUCUUACUUUGACCUGACCACCUCUAAACAAGUAGCUGAUCACUGGGAUGAAUCUGCCACUAACUUGUUUAAAACUCUCAUACAAGGAUGCAAGCUUCAAGUUUCCGUUCAUAGACAAGAUGAAAAAGGAAAAUAUCAUGUACUCCUACUCGCUGACACAGGACGUGCUCAGAUUUGCAUCAAUGAUGAAUUGGUGAUCAAAGGAUUUGCAACGUACUUCUCAGAUACUGAACCAGUUUCAGAAAUCAGCCCAGCCAAAGCUGCAAAACUCAAAGCAAUGAAUGACAAAUUCCAGAAGGAAGGGGUAGAAAUGCUGCAAAACCUGAGAGAGUAUGUCAAACAUGGCAAGUUUACAGGCAGCGAGGAAUCAAACAGCACAGAUGACGAGCUGAUGGAUCAUAGAAAUAAUCACAGAUUUUCGCGAGCAAGGGAAUCCCCCCUCGAUGUUCUUAGACGUCAGGCUUCUGACCGCAGUUCAAAUCAGAAAGAAACUGGCGCUCAUUGUGAGCCUUCGGCAAGAAUUCCUAAAAGUGCAACUCAAAGCUUUCCAUCUCAACAGUUCUCGCCACGACAGUCAUUUGUUGAGGGUGCAUCUAGUGGUGGGUCCACAGAGAAAGAAAAAAUUGAUAUAUCAAGAAUGCCUACAGUGUUGUCAUCAAGUGAUGAAAAUUCUGGAAGAGUCAGGUUUCUCUCGUCAAGGCUCCCUGCAACAGGUAGUGGUAUGAGUCCAGGGUUUCUGGCAAUGCCAUCAAAAUCACCCAAUUCAACUAACUUGAAGCCGAUUCUUAAGAAGAGAAGUCCUCAUGGCAUUCGUCAAGGUAGUGGCUCAUCUAGUGAGACAGAUGACUUGUUUCAGAGGAAACACUUGCAAUUGGACAGAGAUGAUUCAGGUGUUUCUUGCAGUGAAAUACCUGAAUCAGGUAACAGUGCUAAUGGAGACAUUUCUUCAAGAAAGGAACCUUUGCCCUCUUCUAAUUCAAUAGCUGUAGAUGCACUGUUUGGUCAUCACAGAGCAACUGUUUUAGAAAAUGCUAAAUGUGCAAGAAAAUCAGAGUUAACUGAGCCAUUGACUCAAGGUGAUAAUUUGCCAAUUAAAGAUGAGAGAAGUCCUGAGAAAAUACUAUCAAAAAUAGAGUCUCUGUUAGAAACUAGCAGAAGCAGUUAUGAGUCUGCUUCAGACAGAACUUGUGCAACCCCAUCAGCUAAUCUAUCUUCUGGAAUUGUGCCUGACCAUGAUCAACUUCCAGCACAAUCUGUAGCAAAUAAAGGAAUUGACCAAAAUUGUAUUGAAAAAUCUCUACACAAGUCGCAGUUGUUGCCGACUUCCUCUCUCAAGUCUCCUCUUCCUUCAGAAAUGCUUUUAUCAUCCAAGUCUUCAAGUUCACCCUUACAGCCCACCAGUGGAACAAAGCUGUUGUUUUCAGAAGGUGUUGUUAUCCGCACUGAGGGUGCACCCGCUCCUAAGCCAAUUACUCUUUUGGAACAUUGUCCAUUUGCUCAUUUCUUGCCUCGGCUAGGUGUAAUGCAACCAAGCUUGAUUCAGCAACAUGCUUGGCCAGCUCUUUUGCGGGGUCGCGAUGUUGUGGGCAUUUGCACUGCAAAUGUAGGACAAAUACAUGCCUACUUGCUCCCUAUUAUCUAUCAAUUAGUGGAGGAAAGGGAAUUAUAUGCAGAUCUGCCAAAGAUGACAAGUGGGCCUCAGUUUCUUGUCCUUGCUCCAACAUGGGGGACAGUAGCUUUCAUAUACAAUCAAUGUAAGGACAUACUUGCAAGAAACAGGAACAUUCGUACACAGAUGAUAUUUGCAGCUGGCGCUGAAGAGAAUAAAAUUCUUCCAAUAGUAAAUGGCUGUGAGAUUCUGAUCGCAACUCCACCUUGUUUCUUGCGCAUGCUCAGAAAAAGUUACAUCACCCUUGAUAGGCUCUGUCACACUGUUUUUCACGAUGCUGACAUCAUGGUGGAGGACUUUACCUCAGAGAUUAAAGAAAUCAUGCGACACUAUGCUAGACUUCUGAAAUCUCAGCCAAGUCGCUCAGCACCUCGUCAGGCGGUUGUCAUGGCAUCAUCAUGGAGUGUAGGUGUCGCAUCUUUGGUCAAGGCCUAUCUGGGCAACCCUGUGCUAAUAAUUCCUGACAUGAUUGAAGCAGCUAUAUACAGGAGUGUAAAGGAAAUUGUGACAAUUUGCUCAGAGAGUCAGAGAGAUGUUGAGCUUCUUGGUUGCUUAGACUUGUACAUCAGCACAAGAGAUAUCUGUGUCUUUGCGUCCAAGGCAGCAGAGGCAGAGAAUAUUGGAAACCUUCUGAAAGCAAAUUGCUACUUUGUCCUGGUAGCUCAUGAAUUUCUAGAUCCUCAGCAACUUGCCAGUGUGAAGAGACAGUGGAACACUCCACAUACAACUGAUUCCUUGCCAGUACUAGUGAUGACUGAUGGAGUCAUUAACCAGAUGAACAUCACAAAUGCUUCAUGCGUGAUACACUUUAACUUUCCUGGCAGCAAGACACAGUGCGGCAGACGGCUUACUACUUUAGCAGGGACAUUUACAUCUUCUGAGGAGCAUGGCUGUGUGUCUGUGAUUUUUGUGACUGAUGAAAAAAACAUGUUCCACUCCCCCGCCAUACGCCAGCUGGUGACGAGAUCCGGACAAGAAGUACCACCGCUGCUAGAUGCAAUGGCUGACCUAGCAAUACAGGAAAAAGAAAAUACUAGGGAUUUGUGUCAUUCAGUGAAAGCUUUUGGAUCAUGCAGAUACAAAAGAGGAACGAGAAAUUGUUCAGCAAGGCAUUCCGUGUUAGCUGAGCUUGAUAAACCAGUUAAAGGAGUUCCUACAUCUGGUAUAGUUAAGGUGCUGAUUCUCAAUGUCAUAGAUGCAUCGUGUUAUUGGGUGCGAAUCCUGGAGCAUAAACCUACAGAUGGAAACCAGACGUCUAGUGAAAUUGCCGACAGCACUGAGUUCCUGGAUCUGACUAUGGCUGUGAGUGGAUGGUAUGCCGACCCAAAUCACCGUGUGAAGCAGGAACUGAUUGUUGCCGGUGAUCUGUGUUGUGUAAAGCUGGAAAACAGCAAUUCCUUCCACAGAGUGAAGGUCUGUAAAGUCACUAAAAGAGAUGACUACAGCAAAACACCAUCGGAAGUGCUGGUUCAUUUUGUCGAUAGUGGAGUUACUGAAGAGAUACGUAGCGACAGACUUCUUCAGCUCCCUCCUCAAUUUCAUUCUUGUCCACACCAGGCUGUUCAAGUGUUUGCCUGCAGAGUGCAGCCUUUGGACAAAGAACUGGAAUGGACAGAUGAGACGUCAUCCUUUGUUGCACACCUUAUUGAAGGCAAGGAAAUGGAAGGGAAAGUUGUUUUGAGCUUAGGCAACACAAUGUGGUUGGAUCCUUUGGUUGAAAGGAAGUAUUUGGAAAACAUUAAGGUUACAACUAAUGUCGUUAACAUCAGACUGGAACUGCUAAAGGAAAAACGUGCUACUGAAAACAAGCAGCAUGUGCGCCUGCUCAGAAACCUUUGUGAAGGCGUGAUUGACCUUCAACCCCUGGAAGGUGCAGCUAGCAGCAGCACUGGAGAGACAAGUGCUGAGAAGUCACCCGCACUGGAAACAGCUGUGUUGCCCGAGGAUGGUUUCCAAUCUGUUUAUGUGUCUGCUGUGGAAAAUCCAGAACUCUUCUUUGUCCAAUUGAGAUCAUCAGAAGAGAGCUUAGAGUAUCUGAAACAGAAGAUUAACUCUGAAGUUGGCAGAGUUGAUUCGGAGGGAAGCGAAAUCACCAUUGGUUCUCUCUGUGUCGCAAAGUUUACAGAGGACGACAUGUGGUAUCGAGCCCGUGUCUUGGGCAGCAGACCAGAAAACGAAUAUGAUGUGUUUUAUGUGGACUUUGGUGACAGAGAGUGGGUAACAACAGAUAGGAUUGUUCCUGCCUGGAAAAGCAUUUUACAGCUGCCCCUCCAGGCUAUUGAAUGUUCUCUGGUCAACGUCGACCCUCUUGAGAACGAGUGGAGUGACGAGAGCAGUGAUGCAUUCUGGGAAAUGGUGAAUGAUCAACUGCUUUUCGCCAAGGUGAAAUGUAAGAGCGCGUCUUUAGUCGCUGGAUGUCACAGAUUUGCCAUCGAACUUUACAACACCAACACUGAACAUGACGUCAUACUCAGCCUCGAGAUGGUGGCAACAGGGCACGCGCAGACAUCUCCAGAAGGAAUAAAGGUGUUAUUUCCGUAUUCGACUCUGUCAAGCAAACAAGAUGAACACGAUUUCCCAUACCAGAGGAUACCAGAUAUGUGUCUUGAAGUCCAUCAGUGUGGGGUAAGUAGGGGACAAAGAUUAAGUUCUCAUUCUCUUUUCUUUUCGUUGAUCGUGGUUGAUGAAAAGUCCGGGAAUGGUUGUGUUCUCCAUGGCUUGCAGACAUCCUUAUUUUUGCAAAGCUGCACCUGCUCCAGGCUCUAUAUUGUUAUUUUAUUGUUAAGUUUCGUGUGUUUUCCUAAUCAAAGUGUGUUAAUUUUCAGUUUAAAAGAUGACUUAAGGGACUGUGGAGUUAUCCAAGCGCUGUGCCGCCUGCUGAGUUUAAACAGAGACCCCUUGAUUCUACAGCACGUCCUAGCAAGUCUCGCAUCUUUAUCAUUCGAAAAUGAAAGUAACUGCGAUGAAGUUAGAAACCAAGGUGGACUUCAAAUGAUGUGCUAUCUUUUAGGAAAGAUUAGCGACAGCGCUGCUCAAGAAAGCUUAGCCUGGGCUUUGAAGAAUCUUUCAGCUACAGAAAGGAAUCAAAAUGAGGCCAGGAUUCGUGGCGGUAUCAAGGCUUUGUGCGAACUUCUAAAGAACGCCUCUGAUGAAAAAGUCCUGGAGAGAGCAGCUUGGGCUGUUGGAUCUCUUGCUCAGGACAAUGACAGCAAUUGCCAAGCCGUACAGGAAUGUGGUGGCCUUAAGACUCUCUGUGAGCUGGUAACACAGACAGUCAACGAAAAUGUUUUAGAACGUACGACGUGGACACUUGGAAUGCUAGCUAUUGACUUAAAAAACCGCAAUUUCAUUCGUCAGUAUGGAGGUAUAGAGAACAUUUGCAAGAAACUCCAGGAAUCUCCAUCACAGCAGGUCAUAAAACAAUGCGCUCUGACACUGAAGACUCUCGCUAGCAACAACCAGUACAACAGAGAUAUUAUGAUGAGACUUGGAAUGAUUGGAACACUACGGAGCUUUAUGACUGAUGAAACGCAGCGUUUAGGUAUCAUCUCGCGCCGUGUAUGCGGGGAUUUAUUACAACGGCUCCUUGGGUCAGCGGCCGGCAAUUUUGAGAGCACCAAUGCACAAGUUCCAACGCCUGUUAGUAGGACCCAGGGAUGCUCGACCUCUCCUGGCAGCGACAAAAACCAAGAUUCUGAAAAUAGAGUGGUUAAUGGCCUGGUAGAUAAUGAGGUUAAUGGUGGUGGUGAUGAGUUAGAUGAUCUACCGCCAUUGGAAGGGGAGGACAGUGACAAAGAGAACGAGAACGCUGCGUCUGUGAAUGCUUCGUCACCAGCCAGUGUAUCUGCAAAAGCAGCUGCCAAAGAUAAUUUAAGGAUUCAAAAAACUGCCGGUGCUUCAGCAAGACCGAUAAAUCACUCAAGGCCUUCUACUGUGGAAGACGCAAAUGUAGUGCCAUUUAGCUUACAUCCAAAAACAGUUUGGUCACAAACAAGGGAACUGGUGCGAGUUUGUGUGAAGCUGCGCGGUGUGGAGAGACAGCAGACCGAGAUUACUGCUCGCAGGCUCUUAUUUAGAACACAGAUGGGGAGCUCACUGUACGAACUCGACUUGGAAUUGUUUGAAGACAUCGAUUCUGAGCGUAGCGUGGUGGUGGUGAAAGGCGCCGAGGUGCAAAUUUUGCUCAAGAAGAGAAACCAUGCGGUGUGGACGCGGCUACUGAGGAGUAAAGAAAAGUUGCCGUAUGUCUCAAUUGACUUUGAUCGGUGGGAGGUUUGGUCCUCAUCCGAAGAAGACGAAGGCGACGACAAUACGAACGCUCGAGUAGAGCCCUCAAACCCGAGUAAUUCCCGACGGGAUUCCGAUGAUAGAGGACGGAGCAAGCAGGUGUUAUUGCCAGAAAUGCUUGUUAGCGAUUCUGACUCUGAUGAAGAAAGCGUGGCGUCGGAUAUAGACUGUUUGGACUUCCGCUGACGGAAUGGCAUCGUGAAUAGCCAUUUUGGUGUUUCCUUAGGAUGCCCAAGCAAUUGCGUGCAGAAAAGUAACAGCCGUGGUACUAGUGACUAUAUAAAAGAAAGGAAAUCAAGAAUUUUAGAAAACAAAGUUCGCCCUCCUUGUCCCAUAGCCAGAUGUGAAUAAGAGAGUGCGCUUGGGAGACGGGGAAGUUUGCAUGAACCAGAGGAGUAAUUUCUCUUAAAAUGUCAUCUCUUGUUUGCAUCAGACUUAGUAAACACGAAGCGAUAAUUUUGUAUUCUAUUUUUAUAGAAAUAUGUCUGAAGUAAAGCUAAGAAAUAUGACACCAAGUCAUCCAUUUUAUUUAGCUUCAUAUAAACCAACCGAGUGGUUAAACAAAGCAAAUUACAAAACGGCCUCUUAGUUUUGCAAACUGGAAUUAAUUAAGUAUUGUUUUGUUUUCCUGGACAGGAAGUGUUCCUCGUUUUACACUGUUCGUUGUUCUCUCGCGGUUUUCACAUUUUAUAUCCUCGAGUCUCCAGUUUUUGUAUUGUUAUGCAAAUGUACUGAAGAAAAUUUAAUUGAUCAUUAAUUAUAAAACGUAAAUUCAGCAGAAUGGAGUUAAGUUUUGUUAACGUGAUCAUGAACAUUCUUCUUGAUAUUUAAUUUUGUAUAUUGAUUCUACAGUGUACUAAUAAAGAAGUAAACUUAG